GGAAAAGAGAGGGAGAAAGAGUGGGGGGAAGAAAGAGAGGGAAGGGGGGUAACCAGUAUAACUGCCACUGUGAAGUUUUUUAUUUUUAUUUUGUAUAUAUAUUUUGAAUUUAACACUAAUUUCUGGGUUCCUGCCCUUUGUCUAUUGCACAUCUAAGACUCAUUUUGGACAAGACGACGCUUAGACCUUAGAAAGUUUUUUUGAUAAUAAAUGCUAAAAGGGCACCAAACAGAUGGCUGUGACACAGGCUGUUCUGACUUCGUUUUCAAACUUCUGCAACACCUCCGAAAACAUGAAGGCUUGGAAGUUUGAAAAAGGCUUUUUGGAUCCAGUCAAGGAUUUAGACCAAAGCAUCUGCAGCAACAAACCUUCUGGGUUUCUGUCAAAGCAACACCAUAAUGACAGUGAGGGAUGCUGGGAUAUGGAGUUCCUGUUGUCUGAUUGGGGCGAAGCAUCACCUGAACGGACCAACUCUCAAAAUUACACUUCCCAACACCCCCUGCUGCAAGACCAGGUUCACAGUCCUGAACUUUACCAGGAGGACCAGUCAAGUUCAAAUAGACACCAAGUGUCCAUUUCAAGUUCGCUGGCUGAGCUGCUUCCUCAUGAAGCAACUUUAAGUUGCUCAUUGCCUGACCUCUUUGAUGGAGGAUAUUUGGAGCAGCAGCAGCAAACAGCAAAAGCAUUCUCUCAACCAGAAAACCACCAGUUCAGUAGUUUCCCUAUUGUUCAUGAAAUCAACAGAGAAAAUGAGAGAAACAGCAAUGGCAAGAUGAAGUCAUGGGAUUUUGGACACUAUCCUCAGCCUGCACCUUUGAUACCCUUCCCCGACUCCAAAUUUGUCCAGACGUCUGGGAUCACCAUGGAGGCACUGGUCUUUCCUCCACAACAUCACUAUAACUUAAUCCAAAACUACACACACCCCAAACUCUACCAACCACAAGUGAGCUACAUGCACAGGCAGCCAGCCAGUCACUAUCCGCUCACAAAGAGCAUGGUGCCCGACUCCACAGUGCCCCCUGCAGGUCUGGAGGGGAAGCGCAUUCAGAGAGGGGUGUUGAAGAGGAAAGCCACGGUUCACAGUUGUGAAUACCCAGGCUGCCAUAAGAAUUACACCAAGAGCUCUCAUCUCAAAGCACACCUCCGAACACACACAGGUGAAAAGCCGUACCACUGCACGUGGGAAGGUUGCGGGUGGAAGUUCGCCCGCUCGGAUGAGUUGACGAGACACUUCCGAAAACACACGGGACAGAAGCCAUAUGAGUGUAUGCUCUGCCACAGAGCCUUCAGCCGAUCCGACCACCUGGCAUUACACAUGAAGAGACAUGUGUGAGGCCAAACACAAACAAAACACAUCAACCAAAUGCAUCCACACGUUGAGGUUAGUCCAGGAGAGCAUUUCAGUGGUUUUGCGAGGACCUGUGUUCAGCAGGUGAGAUGCUUGAAUUGUUUAUACAUAAAGCACUAUUACAUAAACAUACAACUGACAUGUACAUACUGUACAUUAUAUGAUAAAGGGGAGGAGUUGGUGUUUUUUUAUUUUUAUGAAAUCAUAAUCAUAAGUAGGUAUCACGCUGAAAUCAAGAGCUCCAAAUUUGUAGUUACUUGCCAUUAAACAUCAGACUUAUUUCCAAUCUGGACCCUUUAUCUAAACUGUAUGAAUUGGAAAACGGUAAAGAACUAAUUGAAUCCCAGCCAUCAAAAAUGGAUUACUGUAAAAAAAGAACAAAAAAGAAAAAAAAAAGAAAGAAAGAUAAAACAUUUUCAGAAAGAAAUGUAGGGAAACUCUCUCAUUGCUGUAAUAUAAGAAAAUUCCCUCGUGGAUAUUAAUUGGAAUUCGCUCAGAUGCAAAAAUAUAUGCUUAAGUUUAAAGUGUGAUUUUACAGAAAAUGCCAAAACAAAUGAUAUUAUAUAUUAAGCUGUUCAGGUCAGCUCAUGAACAUUGUUAUCAUUGUGUUUUUGAUCUCAUUUCCGAUUUAUGUCUAUCGUCUUUAUUGUGUGGGAGUUCUUAAAUGUUACCAAAAGUCAUAAAAAUCUUCAUGUUUAAUUGUAAAAUUGCUAUUUAUAUAACAAGAUACCAUCAUAAUAAAAAUACAUAUAUUUAGCUUUUUAUGCUAAUGUUUUUACUGAAUAUAUGAUCAUCUAUUUAUGUGAUCUUAUUCACUAAUAAAGCAACUGCAAUUCAGUCAUUUCUGUCAAUCUCAUUUCCAUCCAACAGAUGGCAAACUAACACACAACACAGUGUCUAACAUCUACUGCUCCAAUGCACUGGAUAAACCUAAAUCAAAAAUCAUAAAGCUGUUGUUUUUAUUGUUA